AUGGCAGACUCCGGCCCGGAGUCCGGCGGGAGGAGGCAGCAGUUCGGGGGCCGCUUGCUGAGCGAUCCGGCGCGGGUCUUCCACCACAAUGCCUGGGACAACGUGGAGUGGUCGGCGGAGCAGGCCGCGGCGGCCGAGAGGAAAGUCCGGGAGAACAGCACCCAGCGCGUUUGCCCGAAGAAGCAAGUUGAUUAUGAGACCAAUGCCCACAAAUAUUGGAAUGACUUCUACAAAAUCCAUGAAAAUGGAUUUUUCAAGGACAGGCAUUGGCUUUUCACUGAAUUCCCAGAGCUGGCACCUAGUCAGAACCAAAAUCACUUGAUGGAUUGGCUCUCAGGGAAGAAGAGCGAAGUGCCUGAAUGUAGGAGCAAUGCAGGUGGACCUGGUUUAAUAAUAGAAGAACAGCACAAGUGCUCUUCAAACAGCCUGGGGCAUAAAGCACAGACUCUUCCUGUGGAAGAGAAGGUAACUCAGAAACUCAGCCACUUGGAAAUCUGUGCUGAUGAGUUUCCUGGAUCCUCAGCCACCUACCGAAUACUCGAGGUUGGUUGUGGUGUGGGAAACACAGUUUUUCCAAUUUUAGAAACCAACAAUGACCCAAGACUCUUUGUUUACUGUUGUGAUUUUUCUUCCACAGCUAUACAGCUGGUCCAGGCAAAUUCAGCGUUUGAUGCAGCUAGGUGUUUUGCCUUUGUUCAUGAUUUGUGUGAUGAAGAUAAGAGUUAUCCGAUUCCCCGGGAGAGUCUUGAUAUCAUCAUCCUUAUAUUUGUUCUUUCAGCGAUUGUCCCAGACAAAAUGCAGAAUGCUAUCACUAGGCUGAGCAGGCUUUUGAAGCCUGGAGGGAUGAUGCUUCUGCGAGAUUAUGGCCGCCAUGACAUGGCUCAGCUUCGGUUUAAAAAAGGUCAGUGUCUGUCUGAAAAUUUCUAUGUGAGAGGUGAUGGCACCAGAGUUUACUUCUUCACCCAAGAUGAACUGGACACACUUUUCACAACUGCUGGACUGGAAAAGGUUCAGAACCUGGUGGACCGUCGAUUGCAAGUGAACCGAGGGAAACAGCUGACAAUGUACCGAGUUUGGAUUCAGUGCAAAUACCGCAAACCUCUUCUGGCCAACACUGGCUCCUGA